AACACAUUACAGCAGUCUGAAUGUCAGUAUAUCAGCAGCAGCAGCGGUGGUGGUGGUGGUGGUGGUUGUGGUAAUGGUGUUGGUGGUGGUGGUGGUGGUGGUGGAGGCGUCGGUGCCUGCAUUUCUUCAAACAACAGCUCUCUCCUCUCCAAGACUAGUGAUCUCAUCGACACAAGUGAUCCAAAGGAUGGUGGUGAGCUGAUUCGAAUGAGCAACACAAAUAAGGGAAAGUGUGGAAGACAGGUGGAGAACUCGUGCUAG